UCACGACUAAGGAAGGAGAUUGUGAGACUGUGACCUUACUCCAUCCUCCACUAUGUUAAGCUCAGAUCAGACCUUGAAACCCCAAAGCGACGCCGUAGAUGUCUUCUGGCACGAAGGAAUGCUCCAACACGACGCCGUCGAAGGCGUCUUCGACACGGGAACCAACCCCGGAUUCCUCGACGUACUGGAGAAACACCCGGAGAACGCCGACAGAGUCAGGAACAUGGUUUCGAUUCUCCAACGUGGUCCCAUCGCUCCCCAUGUCAACUGGCUUCCCGGGCGUCUCGCAAUCGUCUCGGAGCUUCUAACGUUUCACACUUCAGACUACAUAAACAAGCUAAUAGAGGCAGAUAAAUCAGGAGAAAGGCGUGAGAUUUCCGCAGGUACAUUCAUGAGCCCAGGGUCUUGGGAAGCUGCGCUUCUUGCAGCCGGAACAACUCUAUCAGCAAUGCAACACAUUCUCGACAGCCACGGCAAAAUAGCUUAUGCUCUAGUACGCCCACCAGGCCACCACUCACAGCCAACUCAAGCUGAUGGGUAUUGCUUCCUCAACAACGCAGCUCUCGCCGUGAAGCUAGCAUUGGAUUCAGGACAAUGCUCGCGAGUUGCGGUUGUGGACAUCGAUGUGCACUACGGGAACGGCACGGCUGAAGGGUUUUACAGGUCUGAUAAGGUUCUCACGGUGUCGCUGCAUAUGAACCACGGGUCGUGGGGGUCGUCUCAUCCGCAGAGAGGGUCUGUUGAUGAGAUUGGCGAAGGUGUGGGGUUGGGUUAUAACUUGAAUGUUCCUUUACCUAAUGGCACUGGUGAUAAGGGUUAUGAGUAUGCGGUGAAUGAGCUGGUGGUUCCUGCUGUUAGGAGGUUUGGACCUGAUAUGGUUGUUCUUGUUGUUGGUCAAGACUCCAGCGCUGUAAGUUCUUUCUUCGUUUACCGUUGUGUUAGAGGUCCACAGUUCGAGUUUGAUCCAAACGGGAGACAAAGCCUGACGAUGAAUGGAUACAGAAGGAUUGGGCAGAUAAUAAGGGCAAUGGCAGAGGAGCAUAGCAAUGGAAGGUUGCUUAUGGUGCAAGAAGGAGGGUAUCAUGUAACAUAUGCAGCUUACUGCCUCCACGCCAUGCUUGAAGGCGUGCUGAAGAUUCCAGAACCGCAUCUAUCGGAUCCGGUUGCUUAUUACCCUGAAGAUGAAGCUGUUGCUGUUGAAGCUGUUAAGUCAAUCAAAAGAUACCACUCUGAAUGUGUUCCAUUUCUCAGAGGGACUUGAAGUGGUGUAGUUUUGAAUUUAUUCCUCUGUGUUGUAACAUUUUGGAACAUAUAUCAAUGCAGAUAAAAUCAAGUACUAUGAUUGAAACCA